CUCCCUAAAUUUAACUGUGCAACAUUAAAUAAUUAUCGACAAAACAUUUCUCAAUGUGCUCAGUUAUGAUUGUAAAUCUAAAUCCUUUUAAGUAAUAUGGAGAUGGAUCCUUUUCUUAUUUCCCAGGAAAUCAAUAAAUAGGUUGAAUUAAGAGAAGUUAAAGAAAACCUUGGUGAAACUUGAGAAUUUUCUAUAAAUCUGAGUUUUAAACCUAUUAAAAUGGCUUUUAACAAUAUUUUGACUGGUGAAGACCUAGUAAAAAAAGGAGUAACUAGGUUAGAGGCAAAUUUACCUGAGCUUGGUUUAAAAGAUGUUGUUCCAACUGGCUCUUGGUUAGAGAGUAAACAGAUUCAAGCCAGUUUGGAAGAGAAAAAACAUCUGAUUGAAGUUGAAAGGAUUGAAAAAAGAGGGUCCUUAAGUCAAGCUGAUUGGCAGGACAAUCUAAGUCUGGCUGAAGUGACCCAAAAAGUUGGAGGUUACUGGCAAUUUCUUGGACAUAAUGUAGGACCAAUUCUAUAUCUUAAGCCAGAAGAAGCUCUGUUUUUAAUGGAAAUUAAUUGUCUUCAAUUAAAUUUGGGUGGUGUUAAGGUUUCAUUGCAACAGGCUUACUCUUUGCUUCUUUGUGGAGAACUAAAUUUACUAAAAUAUAAAGUGUAUGCAUCACUUAGCAGAGUUGGAUACAAAGUGCUUAGACACAAAUCAUCUUCAGAAGGUGUGACCCAACUGCAGAAAGUAACUGAAGCAAAUAAUAUUACACUUACAGUAAUGUCUGGAUAUAAUAAUGAAAAAUCUAAGGAAACCAAUACAUUAAGUAACAAUUUAAAGACAGAGUCUCAUGAAACUUUAAAAGUAAUAGAUUCAGAAACAAAUAUAAAGUCUGUAAAUAAUAACGGUUCCAUUCACCAUUAUGACAAAUUGGACAGUAAAACGUCUGAAACAUACAAAAAUGUUAUUGAAACCUAUAAUAAUAAAAUAAAUAAAUUAAAAAACAGAGUGUUAAAACCUACCAGAAAUGAACAACUAAAUGAAUUCUUUAUUGACAUACCAGAACUAUUGGGAAAACAUGUCAUUACCCUAAAAGUACCAGAUGCUAAAUUUUUACCAGAUAAUAUGAAAUUGAAAGAAACAUAUACUAUUAACUUACAAAAUCUAAACAAAAAAUACAUAAAAAGGAGUAAUCGAACCUACAGCCUUGGUGAUGAAGUUAACAAUAGCCAUGUAGGAAGGUUACAAUCGGAUUCAAAUAAUCUCAAAGAUAACAUAAAUACUAAUCAAGCACAAUGUAGUCUUCAUACACAAACUCGUUCUCAAGGCCAGAAUAGUACUCAAAUGGAAAGUAGGCCUCAAAGUCCAAACAGCAUUAAUCAUAAUAAUUAUGAUCAAGAUAGACGUUAUGAACAACCACAAUAUAUGCCUGUUUUCUAUUCCAGACCCCAAAAUUUGAACUAUAUUAAUUUCAACAUGAUUUUUGACAAUACCCUAAAUCAUGUAUAUUUUCCCUAUCACUGUUAUGGACCUCAAGUAUGCCCUGGGCCAAGUUUGAAUUUUUACAACUCCAGAAUGUAUGGAAACAGAAUGCAAAAUUCAACUAUACAAAGAAGCAGAGGAAAUCACCUGCAAAGGAUUAAAGAUCUUGCAGGAAGACUGAAAAUUCUUGUGUCGAGAGGAAAUUGUAAUAAAGAUCAUAUUCGUGCCCUGAAGAAUCUUCUUAAAACUUAUAAUUCCAGAUACAAAACAAAACUGAGACUUAGCUCUGAUUUUGAAAUAUUAACUGAAGCCUGUGUUGUUGCACAAAUUGAUUUAGACCAAGAUGAUGAUGAACCACAAAAUAAAAGGCAGAAAACGGAUAAUUCCUUUGAAGAAAAUCUCCAAGCUAUUACAGAUAUGGCUUUAGAACUUAAAGACUUGGAGAUUAAUGGGAAAGCAACCGCCAGUCAUCGAAGAAGCAUUUCAAAACUUAUAAAAACAUUUAAUGAUAGUUACAAUGUUGAAUAUUAUUUGACACCAGGAUAUGAAGUUUUAAAUCGAGCAGAUGUUCCUCCAGUUACUAAAUUUGUAAUAGACGACGAAGAAGAACAUGUAAAUAAAUCAGAAAAACCAAAGAAAAGCAAGAAAUUCAGGAAUCCCUACAAUAUCCUUAAGAGGUUAUCUGAAAAUCAAGGUGCAGGUUCGUCAAAAAAGAAUUUUCUUUCAAUAAUAAUGAAAAACACUGAGUUUAAAAACAGUUGUGAAAUUGAACACUGGAUACCUAAUGAUAAUAAUUUUGAACGAAUUGAGAUACCUAGUGAAAUUGGUGAUCCCUUGUUCGAUUCAAGGAAAACGCAAAUGCUCUAUGAAUUUAUAAAAUUUAAACCGAACUUUUCAAAUUGGUGUCAAGCAAAGAUAGCAUUUCUAGAAAGUCUUAUGGAAACAAUUGCAGAGUUUAGCCAUACAUCAAAUCUUCAAAAUGACUUUGAUGAAGAUUGCCUACUGUCACCUGAUUGCGGGAAUGUCAACGCUGUAAUGGAUAAAUUAAGAAUCAUCAAAACAAAUAAAGAAGCUAGUUCUGAAUGCCGGCUACAUAUAGAUUUUGAUGUUUACAAUAGAAAUGUAGAGAAUUAUAAAAAAAGGAACCCUCCAGCACCACAUUUCAGAGUUAUUUGCCUUGAUGAAUCUCUAGAAAUACCAUCAGCAUCAGAGAUCGAAGCUAUCCAAUCUCGAUAUGAAGACAACAUACCUAUAGUCUUCGCUUUAGUCAGUUGCAGUUCCAUCUCUUACUUACAAGUGAAAUCGACCGAGAUACCAAUAUUUGAGCCCUCUAGUAAUCAGUAAGUGGAUCCCGAAAUCGUAAUCAGCUGGUCUGACUACGAGAUAUACUAACAAGGGUAACUUUUGGAACGUUAUUUCAUUACUAAAAGAACUCUAUUAAAUGCAAUCACUAGAAAGUUAAGUCUAUAAAUGACUGUUUUAAUGUUAAAGUGUAUUUAAGUAAUGUUUGUUGAGUUUAUUCAUAUAUAAAUUGAUGUUUUUUCCUUACAUUAGUAAUACCAACCAACUACUGCCUAGUAAUCACUGUGAAAACUAAAAAUAUAUAUUUAUCGUAACUGCCUGAGGAAGUAUGUUUCUAUUCGUAAAAAGAUAUUAGUAUCACAAACUACCAUACUUAUGUUAUAAAUAAAAUCCGAAAAAAAUAUUUCUAUAUUCAGAGCUGUUUUCAAAAUACCUAAAUAUACUGAAUAAUAUCUCAAUAAAGGAAUACAUUUUGAGAAUCUAUCGUGUUUUUUUUUAUUGUUUUGAUUUAAAGAUUUAAUCAAAGUGCUAAACUAGCGUAUGGAUGCAUAUUCAUUAUAUUUAUAUUGUGUAUAAUU